AUGUCUAAUUUGGUCUUGUAUCGCGCCAAUGGAGCCUGCUCCUUGGCACCGCAUAUCAUCUUGAACGAGCUUGGUCUGUCCUUCACGUCUGUUGUCCAGGGCUCUUCCCCAAAAAGUACGAUCCCUCCGACAGUUGAAAUCGAGAUGGAUGAGUAUCGGAGAACCAUUCAUCCGCAGGGCUAUGUCCCGGCACUUAGGGUGGAUGAUGUGAUCAUCACCGAGAAUGCCGCCGUCAUGUUCUACCUGGCGCGCCAGAAGCCUGAGAGGAAGCUAGACGGCAGCUCUCCGCUCGAGCAGGCACAAGUUAUCUCUUGGAUGAGCUUCUUGGCUGGAUUCCUUCAGGGCCAGGCAUGGACUCCGCACUGGGCACCCAGCCGCUUCACGACCUCAAAGGACGCGAGCCAGCUAGAGGGGAUCAGCAGCAAGGCAAAAGUCAAGGUUGAUCACGGAUACGACUUGAUUGAGCGGCGAUUGAAGGGCCUGUUUGCUGUUGGCGAAGCAGAUACGAUUGUCGACUUUUACUUGAUAGUAUUCUACAACUGGGGACAAAAUUAUGGCGUCGAUAUGUCCAGAUUUCCAAAGCUUGGAGCAUUAAUUGCUCGGAUGGAACAGAAGCAGUCGGUCCGAGAUACGAUCAAGGCAGAGGGGUUGAUCACGUACUUUGACUAA